CCACCACUCACAAUGUUAAGCGGGAUCCGUUUGUUGUUGUAAUUGUCAUGGAGAUGACGUCACGAGGUAUUAUACCCGCACUAGCGACACCAUAACAAAUGCUUCAAUGAACGGGUCAAUGUAAACACAUCAGCGAAGAUCGUCCUGUGUCCUCGAUUUAAAUAACCUGUCUCAUUUCUUACUCCCCGAGUUGGAUACUUAGCAGCCCGUUCCGGAUAAUCCAAACUAGGAUCAUCUCACCUUGUCGAGAACAGAUUGACUAUGGGCUGCAGUUCAUCAACACCAACCAACCACGGUCCUCCGUCCCAGGCUUACCCGAGACAAGCCCAGAGACCCGUCGCCAACGUCCCCCCUCAGCAGCAGCAGCAACAACAACAGAUCCAGACACACGACCCCAAAAUAUUGGCUAUGCAACAAGAAGAAGAGCGGCGGCGUCUGGAACAGCAGCAGCAACAAUUAGCAGCCCAACAACAGCAACAGCAGCAACAACAACAACAACAACAGCAGCAGCAGCAACAACAACAGCAACAGGCGAAAUCAAAGGAAGACAUCAUGGCCAUGUUCAGGAAAUAUAUUGAGCUGGAGAAAAAGAUCCGGGAGCAGGAAUCCAAGAAUUCUGUAGGCACUUUCCAGAUGAAGCGAGACCAGCUGGUCGAUAUCAAGGUCACAGUAGAACAGAUGGAGAAACACUAUCAGGAGGCGUGUCAGAAAAUGGAGAAGGAGAAGGCCGACGUUGACAACAUGAACCAGCCCAGCGUCAAGGCCAUAAUGGACCAGAACACGUUCGAUGCCAAAAUGUCCAAGGAACAGGAGGAGUACCUGGAGGCUGUCAACGAGAAGGAGGUUGCCCAGAAGCAGCUGGAGGGGAUCAAGUUCCAGGCGAUGACCCUGGAAAAGGAGGUGCAGCAGCUGGAGAAGGAUGUGCAGGGAAUCAACGGGCUGUACGGCGAGCAGGACGAGUUGCUGGAGGAGAUGUUUAACGGGGCGUACGGCAGCGACAAGGAGAACGUGCUGGAGAAGGAGGUGGACCAGCUGGACGACCGGACCAGGAGGAUCCAAGUGGCGCAGUACAAGUGGAAGAACGGCCAGGUUCUCCUGCAGCACGCCUGCAACCAGAUGGCCUUCGCCGUCCGCAGGUGGACAGAGGUGCCCAAGAUCCCCGUAAACGACCAAAACGGCAACAAGAGGAAGUACGACAUGGUGACAGAAUGCCGGAACAACCUGAUCGCCGCCACCCAGAACAUCGAGAACGCUCAGCGCUACCUCAGCAACAUCAAAUUCCCCUACUGCGACCAGGAAGAGAUGCAGACGAUGAAGCGAGCGACGUGCAACAUCUACGUCGACAUGAUGUCCCACGACCGCCAUGAGCAUGCGUACCAGUGCUACAGUACGACUCACAAGCGGGCCGCGGCCUUGUUACAGUGGUUUGACAGUGUCAUCAAGAACACAAUAAACAGAGAUCUUGAAGGCACACGUAAAAACCUGAAUGCUAAACGUUCGGAGCUGCGUCGGGAACGUCUUCGACUCAUUAAGGAACUGGUUGGCACAGAGAUGGGAGACCAGCUGUCCGAGGGAGACUUGAAGGAGCUGGAGGAUCUGCAGAGUCUGGAGGACGGCCCCGAGCCAGAGCUACAGACAGCCGUCAGUCAGCCUGAUGAAGUGGUCGGCGGGGACAAGGAUAACCUUGGUGUUGCGUCUGACCAGGCUCCACCUCCCACCCCUCUGCCACUGAAUGAACUCGCCCCUCUUCCAUCUGAAGACGAGCUGUUCGGUAACAUCACAGAGCUGAAGAAACAGCACGAGCAGGAGAUGAAUGAGUUCACUAAGGCUCAACAGACGAACAAAGCCCGGAUGGAACAAGGCUUGCAGGAAAAGCUGCAGGCCCGCAGGAGUCGCCGCAGGCGAUUGGAGGCCCAGCAGGCGCAAGAACAGCAUUAGAAAUACUGAUAGAUGACAAAUCAUUGACACUUUUGUUGAAUCUUGUUUUUGUAGUUCUGUGAUAAAGAAGAAACGGGUUGAAUCUAAAUGCAAGGAUAAUGUCUAAGGUCUGAAUAAUUAGAACUAGUACUCCAUAACAUGUGUCAGUCUAGUUCCUAUCUAGGUCAAUUGAGCAGAUCGAUGCUCAUGCUGUUGAUCACUGGAUUGUUGUCAGACUCAGUUAUUUACAGACCGCCGCCAUAUAACUGGAAUAUUGCUGAGUGCGGCGUAAAACAACAAACCAGCUAAAUCAAGAAGUGUAUGGUCUACAAUAAAUACACGCCCUUCUCUACGAUCUCACGUUUGACAUUUCUGUUAAAUCUGGACACAACUGGAUACUGCUAUCAUUAAGAGACGUCUCUGGGGGCAUUACCCCAUGACGUAAUGUCCACACGGGGACCUAGAUAGGAGUGAGUGAGUUUAGUUUUACGCCGCACUCAGCAAUAUUCCAGCUAUAUGGCGGCGGUCUGUAAAUAAUCGAGUCUGCACCAGACAAUCAAGUGAUCAACAACAUGAACAUCGAUCUACACAAUUGGGAUACGAUGACAGAUACAGUUCUUGUGAUAAACAACUGAUUUGCAAAAGUAUAUAGGUAUUGUUCCUUAAUUGAGAUAUAUAUGGUAGAUGUGCAUCCAUUACACGUACCAUAAAGAUAUGACCAGGUUCGAAUCCCGGUUCGACGGGAUUAUGUUUAGGUUUGUAUGCACCAACCCAUGGGUUUUAUACACACAGACAGUCCUAAGACCCUCAUCACUUCGGGCCUUCCUCUCACAUUAACUUGACAUACCCCGAAAUACUGAAACACUUUUUAAAGUGGUUUUAAAUCACACGUACCUGUGAAUACAGGCAUUCAACACUGUGAUAUCGGUGUUUUCAAAUCAUGGCCGAAUUGCUCCAUCUGUGAACCAAAAUCAAAAGAGCCAAAAAUUUUGAUUGCGUAUGUCUUGAUAAUAUACUGAAGGAAACAAAUAAGGGAACACCACUUCAUGGCAGUGUUCCUGUAUUUAUUCUCAGAUUUUCUCCCACAGCGCCACUCAAAGCUGGUGAUGAAAACUGGAAAAUAUUAAAUUAGCACUUGAAUUUUCAUCUGUUCCUUUAUUUGUUUCUCUCAGUAUAUUUCCAGAUGUAGCCUUGUGACAGUUGCCCUUGCAGCUUUCUCUUUAAACUUACACCAACUGUACAUACACAAGGUUGCUGUUGUACAACAUAACCUCAGCUGCAACUGUUGUGGUCAAGGUUGAGGUUUGGGAGUUAGAAUCACCUUACUCUUAAAAUCGCUUUGUGCAACCGCGCAUGUCUAUGCAUAUUCGCCGUUUUUGGCACAGUUUGAAAUAUCGUUUGAUACGAUUGCUUUUUAAUGAUUUCAUUUAUCGUGUUUUCAUAUAUCAACUGCUUUAAUAAUUGAGUGUGUUGACCUGACUACUUUAAUUUCUAGUUUACCCAUGUAUACCAAUGAUGCGUUAUUUUACAACACGGGGGUGACACUUGGGGCACAGCCUGAAGAAAACCUAGAUGUCUUUUUGGCAGAUCAUUUGAUGUUCUGGGUGUUUGUCGGAGUAACGAAAACAUUGAACCAUCCAAAUAGACGAUUUAUAAGAUAGCAUUAUGUUUCAGACUGUUGAAAAAUAGGUUUUCGGUCACAAUUAAACAAUGUUGCUACACGUUCAUUUUAACAGCAUAUCUAGACACAUAAUCUCAAUUUACAAAACCCUCUGGUUUUGCAGCAGUGGUUCAGAAAUAUCCGACUAAAACUCCCAAGAUUAAUAUCGAAUGGUCUGUCCUUGAUCAGGUUCAGGCUACGUGUCAUGUUUACAAGAUUUGGCGUUCUAUCGUUUUUUAUGCAUUGUGAAAUAGCGGUUACUGCUGGAAAAUAUAUAUUAACAACUUCAUAAGUCCGUCCAUGGAUUGGAAUAGUAUGAAUCAUGCAUUGUUUUUGCGUAAAAUUCUAUAUAUUUUGUUGUUUACUUUUUUGUAUAUCUUUUUAUAUUGUGUUUGUAUCUUGUAUCCUGGCUCUGCUAGCUUGAAGUCAUUUGUUUAAUUGGAAUAUUGCUCGCUGUGAUAACUCAUCACCAUUCUCUCCGUAACCUGUCCCGCACCUCCAAUAAUGGGACCUCCCCAUUUAGUCCCCCUCCUUCAUCCGUCCGAUGGGACCAGUGAUCUCGAUUUUAAUCGGUUGUAUUUGAUGAUGAUUGAUGACAGGGCUGGCCAUCAAAAUAUAUUUCAGCGAGAUCGAUAAUCGUUAACUUAAUAUCGAUCGAUUAUCGAUAAAUAUCGGAGACGUAACGUUGAGCAAAAAUACCAAAAAAUGUCAGAAAGAAAUGAAUAUAUUUCACACCACUGGUGAGUGAUGACUUGUUUGUUUAUUAACAAAACAGUUUCCUGAGUAUAGUUUAGAAGCAGACCACGAAUGAAGGCUUAAAUCUAUAUAUUGUGUGAGAAAACUGAAACUUUUUUUCUAUCAGAUAAGUUAUUGUACGAUAUUGUCGAUGACACAAUUUUCAUAUCGAUAAUCGUUUUAAAUAUUUUUUCCUAUCGACGAUAUUUCCGAUAAUCGAUAAUUUAGCCAGCCCUAGUUGAUGAUCCAAUGUCCCACUAUCCAGGCUGCAAUGAACAGUCGCGUUGGCUGGGAAUGACGUUAUGCAUUGUACAGGGGCGGGAUCUAUUUAAACCCCGCUCCUUAUUCCGUCCAUGGUAUUUUUAUGACUUUUAACAAACCCCAAGUACAUGACAUAAACUGUGGGAUAUUUACCAUUGCUGUGUAUCCGUGAAGAUGACCAUUUGACUUUCUGGACAAUUCGUCAUAGUAGAUACUGCUGAAAAAUUACCUUCUCGUUGUUUACAGAAAACAAGGGUUUAUACUCAUAGGCCAAAUGUAGUGAUAACAUCAAACUCGGGUAAUAUGAUACACCCGGCUUUAUCACCCAUGCUGCAUAUCUUGACCAUGCUGAACACCAGUGCUUGUCGCCAU